AUGUUACAUGAACUUCAGAGCUGGUACAGGAAGUGGAGGUUUGGUGAAGGGAAACGAGUUGAUUUAGUUCUUAUUGGCCCACCGGGUAGUGGCAAAGGAACACAAGCCAUAAAAAUUGCUGAGCGCUAUAAAAUUUGCCAUCUUUCAACUGGUGACCUACUCAGAGCUAUAAUAUCCUCCGGAACAGAACUUGGUAUGAAGAUCAAAGGAAUAACAGAGUCUGGAGGACUUGUAUCGGAUGACAUAGUGUGUGGCUUGAUUGCUGAAAAGAUCGACUCUCCAGAGUGUAGAAAAGGAAUGCUUCUAGAUGGAUUUCCACGGACCUUAGAACAAGCCCAGAAACUUGAAAAAUUACUUGGAGAGCGUCAAGUACGAUUGCUGUCUGCUUUGGAAUUCAAGGUUGAUCCCAGUGUAUUGGAAAAACGUAUAUGCGGUAGACUAUUUCAUCUAGCUAGUGGUAGGUCAUACCACGAAUUGUAUAAUCCUCCGAAAGUUCCAAAUAUUGAUGAUAUCACUGGUGAUCGUCUUGUUCGUCGUCCUGAUGAUCGACCUGAGGCUUUAAAAAGGCGUCUGUUUGAAUAUGAGAAGAACUCAGCUCCCGUUCUAAAUUUCUACAGAUCCAGAAAUAAACUGGUGCGAAUAAAUGCAAGUCAAGAUGUUGAGAAAGUCUUUGAAGAUAUUCAGAAAUGCAUUAAUGAGAGGAUAUCUCAUCCACGUUAA